CUUUUCAGUUUGCCGAUGAGAAAGCAUGUAAGGGCGCAUUAAUUCCUUCAUACUCUAAACAAUAAAGGCUGAAGUCUGGAUUCAGAGUUAGACCUAGGAAAUGCCAGAGUUCACUCCAGCCCUUCUCCAUUUCCUGCCAAGUUAAGAGAAAGGGAGAUGGGCAUCCUAGGCAGGUAGAAUACGUCAGCAAAGGCAUGUGCAGGUAGGGUUUGUCUUAGGACAUGUGAUGACAGCAAAUUUGAACCACAGGUUGGAGAGUGAGCCUCAGAUACCUAGCUGGGCCACCUGGGCUUCAAUUCAAUGUCACGUGUGGGGUGCCUAUCACAUGCCAGGCUCCCUGUCCGGCAGAGGUGAGUCCUGACUCUCAGGCACUGUUUACAGCUACCUGGUGGCAGUGGUGAUAACACCCUCGCGGACUUUGCCCUCUUCUCUCUGACCCCACCUUCAGCCACGGAUAUAGUGGGUUACACAUUGCCUAGAAGGAGAUUAGGGGGCAAGUAUUACUCAGUGGACCCGGCCCCAUCACCCCCACAGCAACCUCAUGCAGUGGAUUUUGUCAUUAUGCCCAUUUGAUGGAAGGGGAAACAGGCUCAGUCAGCGUUGAGGUGACUUGUCCAAACUGAUAGAGCGGCAGCAGGACCAGAAUUCGAGCCGAGGUCAAUCUGUCCCCAAGGUCAGCGUUCUCUCCUCCUCCUCUAACCCAAUAGCGUGCUAAGUUAGGCGAUUGGCUUCUGCGAGGCAUGGACAGGCGAGAUGGGUCAAACAUGGCCUGAGGGUCCCGAGCACCAUUUGCAGGUGGCAGAGAGAGGCACGUUGAGGGCCCGGGUGGGGACUGAUCAGGAGGAGGGGCCUUAAACUGAACCCGGUGGAGGGUCAGGAGACAAUCAGGUCCAGAGUCACGGAGAAUGCUGACAUCAGUCCUGUGUCUGCCCAUCUCACCCUGGACCAGCCUAUCUGCCUCCUUUGCCCGGAGAAAGGACCAUAGGCUGACCUGAGUCAAAGACGCUUGAGUCCCUGCUGUGUCACUGACCAGCUUGGUGACCUGAGGCAAGUUAAUUCACCUCCUGGGCCUCACUUUCCCAGUCUGUACAAUGGUCUCCCCAUCAUUCCAUGUAAAUAGGUGUCUCGUGGAGCUAAGGAGAGGGGUGUAUCCAAGGCCCUCCCACAGAGCCACCCACACAGGUGCCUGUCACAUAGUAUCUUGUUCCUGAGUUUUCUGGGCCUCUCUGCCCUCAUCACCCCCAGCCAGCCAACCAGCUGUCAACCCCACCCCAGCUGGCCAGUUAAUGAGUGGCAAGGGUACUGGAGCCUGGCCUAUAAAGAGCUGCUCGCUGGGGAAGCAGGUGGGAGCCUGUGGGAGCAGCAGCGGGAUACAGACGGCGUGAGAUGCGCGGCAGGAUGGCGUCAGGACUCCUGUCCGGGAUGGCUGUGUUCCUCCUGGUGCUCCUGCAGGGCACACAGUCAGUCUACAUUCAGUACCAAGGCUUCCAGGUCCAGCUGGAAUCAGUGAAGAAGCUGAGUAACCUGGAGCAGCAGUGGCUGCCCAACCCCCGCCUCCAGGCCCAGAGCCUCGUGCCCUCCGUGUGUCACCACCCGGCCCUGCCACAGGACCUCCAGCCCAUCUGUGCAUCCAGGGAAGCGGCCAGCGUCUUCCAGGCUUUGAGGACCAUGGCUAAUGACGACUGUGAGCUGUGUGUGAAUGUCGCCUGUACCGGCUGCCUCUGAGAUGGCUGGGCGCCCUGAGCCCACCCCGGACACUUUGUCCCCAGCCCGCUGCCUUCACAGCCUGCACCCCCACCCGAGUUCCGGGGGGGACCCUGAGGUCAUCACCACCAGCCAGAGGCUCGAGUGGCUAGAUCGGGCACAAAGCAGUUGGACACUUGGUUGGAGGAGAGUUCGACCCCUGAGGCAGCCCUGCUGCUGAAUAAAGA